UACGUCGCUGAUUUGUUAUACAAUUCGUCGACCAUGCUGUUCGGUCUGCUUAGGACUGUGUACUAUUUGGCUAUUACGCUCAAACUCUUGAGUUUUUGUCUCGUGUCUUGGUUCGAUGACCGCAAGCGCAAACGGUUGCGUUUCACGAGACCAGACGACCACCAUGGUCUGAAGCCUGCCGGUGACGUCACGAAGAAGGCGCGCGGCGCUUAAAGACGCCUCCGCAUCGACACCAUCCCCGGCGCCUCUGCCGGCAUGGGCGCCUACCCCGAUGACCACUACCGCCCGCCCAAGUUAGCCGAGCUCCUCCACAGGUUGCCCCACGUCAACACCACCUUCUACGAGGUCGACUCGAGGUUCGAGCCCGAGUCCGCGGUCUAUUUGGAGAGCUUGGGUAUCUUGGCGUCUGUACCGGCCGCGUGGCUCAUCUUCACCCUCUUCAUCCUGCUGCUCUACCUGCUGACGCGAUGCUGCGACCGGAAACCGAGACAAGCCGAGUCGAUUUCCGCCCUCAAAGUGACCCUCGCGAUCACCUCGGUGCUCUGUUGCGCGGCAGUUGGUCUUGGUCUUUACGGCAACGACGAUCUCCACAACGGUGUGGUUCAAACGAUGCAACAAGCCAGAUUGGCGGACGAUUUGGUCGCGAAAAUUCGCAACCACACGGAGGCCAUCGAGAGACAGCUCAGGGUGCAGGCGGCCAGCGAUUUCGCCGCCAUAAGGAACGUGUUCGACGAACCGCCGGUCAGCAAUCUCACCAUUUUGAAGAAGGCCGACGUCCACCUCAACCGCCUGGUUGGCAAUAAUACGCUGGCCGCGAACGCCGCCGCCGAGAUUAGAAACCCCUUGCUUGCCCUUGACAUGUUUCCGAAAAUUAAACUGGGCGAGAGGAUCGAAACAGUGCGGUGGCCGUUUACCAUGACGGUCCUCAGCGUUCUCCUCAUCCUCUGCGUGGUACUCUUGGUGGGUAUCGCGAGACACAAUCGAUGGGCACUAAUAGCGUUCUCGGUCUGCGGACUGUUGGCGGUGAUCGCGUCAUACCUAAUGGCCAGCGUAUACCUAGCCUCUAGCGUGGCCUUAGCGGACUUCUGUAUGGCUCCGGAAAAGUUCAUCGAAAACCAGGCGUCGACGGAGCUGUCGAAGGAGAUUUUGAGGCACUACUUGAACUGCGAAAGGGCGAGAGCAAACCCGUUCACGCAGCGGCUAAGGGAGGCCAAAACUACUUUGGAUAACAUGCGCAUGGACCUCAGCUUGCUCAAGCCUUUGGCCUUUCAAUUGUUCCCCGUUAAAGGUUUAGAACAGAAAUUUAGCUCUCUGAAGAGCGAAAUCAACACCGCGGACACCAUAGGCACCCAACUGACCGCGUUGGUGGACUGCAGGACGCUCUACAAACAUUACUUGGGAGGGGCUAGGGCCCUGUGCAACGGAGGCUUGCUGGGGCUGACCCUAAUGUUGGCCUCCGCCGUUUUGGCCGGUCUUUUGUUGACCGUUUUGGUAUGGGUCGAUUCUCAUACAUGGAUUUACAUCAGGAAAAAGAAAGAGUACCACCAGGUCAACGAGACGGAUCCGUAUCUGCCGCCGCCGCAGGCGAGCCAGGCGAUUGCGGCGCGGACCUUGCAGCGGAGCCAAGGGUCGUUCCCGCCUCCAGAUACCCCCCCGCCUAGUUACUCCUCGGCUAUGAUUAGACCGCCUUUGCAUGUGCCGCCCACCGCGCCGAUGCAUGAGGCCGAACUUUUGCUGGAUGGAUGCGACACCCGCGCAUCGGAGCACCACCGGGGCGGCGCAGGUGCCGCCCACCUGUCCCAUCUCCGUGGCCACACCCUUGGCCGUCUGCCAUCCCAUCACCAUCACGAGCCGCUGGCCGGCCCCAACAACGGCAAGUACGCGACUCUGAGCAAGCAGUGCAAGACGCUUGAAAGCUCAGAUUUUUACUGAGACAGGCAUGCCUGCAAGGAAUUCCCAAACUUUAAAGGUUUUAAGUUCGACCAUCAGCAGCAGCAGCAGCAGCAACAGCCGGAACAGCAGGAGUCGCAAAGGACCGCGACCUUGGGGCGUUACUCGUCUUUAGGGCGCCGACCUCUGCCUCAGACGCCCGACGACAAGGGCAGGAAACAGCCACCGGUACCCAAGGUGCCGGCGAUGGUUCCUGGCGUCCUGUCCGAGACCCCUUUGAACCCCAACAACUUUAGGUCGCUUCAAAGGGGCGCGUGGCAGGAGUCAGUCAGCAGUUUCCAUCCGAACGUGCAGUUCCGCUCGUUGCAGCGGGCGAAUAACCCGCAACCCCAUCCGCAGUUCCGGUCCGCCAAGAUCCAGGACCAGAACCAGCAGGGUGAGGUUAUGUACCCGAACAACGACAACGAGAGGCAGCUGUACGCUGUGACCGAGCUGUAGGUCGUUUAAGUUCAAGGGACGGACGUUCUUGCGGAGAUUGAACGAUUUCCGUAGGAAUUCCUUCGCGUUUUUUUCCUCUUUUAUUUUUUAUUUUGGGUAUGCAGGCAUGUCAUAGACAGCGAUUAUUUGUCGUUUAGUUGGCCGGGUUUUGUGAGUAUGGAGAUGCCGGUGCCAUUCCCGUUAUAAAAGACAUUCUAGUGCCAUUUUGUUCGUUUCUUUAUGUUCAAAAGAUGGGAACCUUGCAGGUUGGAUAAAUGCGAAUUACAUUACCAUUAAAAUAAUAAAUUAGAAGGUAGUGUAUAGAAUAAAUUUAAGAAAUUUGUAAACGAAUUUACGAUGCAUGCGGCCGGAACGCCUAAACGUUUGGCUCGUGAUUAUUGUGAUCGGAGCUCUUGGAGGAUAAAUCCCAAAAGGCCAGCGAAAAUUUUCGAAAAAGUUGCCGCGUGUCAGCGUCUCGAAAAUGAUUGUAGGUUAAGUGUGCAGUUCAUUUUUGCAUUUCCAAAUAAUGCAAUAUUUUUUCGAGGAAAAUCACUAAUAAAAAUAAAGUGACAAAAAAGAUGUUGGGUUAUGUUUUUUUUGGUCAGCUUUCAACUAAAUCAAAAACCAAAAACACACAAGUUAAAAAAGUUUUUCUUUACCCUUAAAUAUUAUGGUUAAAACAAUUAGAAAAAAGAAUACAAAGAAAGCAAACACAAUCUAAAAAUAUACGGAGGUGGUCAUAAAAUAAUAUUGCGAAAAAAAUCGUUUUUUCCUAUUUUUGAAAAAUCUAGAUUUUGUUUUUAAAUUUGGUAGCUAUUAUUGCCACUUAAAAAGUACAGAUAUAAAAUAUA